GAGAUUGAGAGACUUUCAGCGCGCCGCUCCGACUCUCUUUCCGAUAUCUGGAAUCUGGAGGUUUCGCUUUUAUUCCAAGAAGCGCGUUUAUUCUAAGAGGAUCCAUUGGAGACUUCUGCUAUGUGGUGGAACCGAAAGAAGGCGUGAUUUAGGAACGAUUGAAUGAUUAAAACAUUUCCCAACCUGGUGCGCUGAGCGCGUGUCUCUCUCUCUCUCCACGGAUCCCGCGCGCUUUGCGCUUUUACGCGUCGGCUGGAUUUUGCGCACAGGAGGAUUUGCGAUGUGGAAGACACCUGUCGUGGGUUUCAUUUGUUCUUUAUCGCUUCUAUUAUCGCUGACAUGUGCUGGGGAUGUAAAAUCGCGCAGCUGCAGCGACAUGCGCCAGGCUUACACAGCCAAAGGCUUUAGUGUUCAUAAUGUACCACACCAGGAGAUAUCAGGAGAACAUCUGCGGGUUUGCCCUCAGGGCUACACCUGCUGUACCUCAGACAUGGAGGACAAACUCGGUCAGCAGAGUAAGCUGGAUUUUGAGAAACUAGUGGAGGAGAGCAGCCACAAAAUACGGACAAUACUGACCUCCAGACAUAAAAAGUUUGACGAAUUCUUCCUGGAGUUGCUGGACAACUCGGAAAAGUCACUCAACGACAUGUUUGUGCGCACAUAUGGCAAACUGUACACUCAUAACUCGGAAAUGUUUGAAGAUCUGUUCUCAGAGCUCAAACGCUAUUACACCGGCGGCAAUGUCAACCUCGAAGAAAUGCUGAACGAUUUCUGGUCGAGACUGCUUGAACGAAUGUUUCAGCUGCUCAACUCCCAGUACACGUUUACGGACGACUAUCUUGAGUGUAUCAGCAAAUAUACAGACCAGUUAAAACCCUUUGGAGAUGUUCCACGCAAACUCAAAGCCCAGGUCACAAAGGCAUUUAUUGCGGCUCGCUCGUUCGUUCAAGGACUUAUGGUGGGUCGAGAAGUGGCCAACAGGGUGGCGAAGGUCAACAUAUCACCAGGUUGCGGUAAAGCACUCACAAAAAUGCUGUACUGCCCAUACUGUGGAGGAAUGCCAGGUCUCAAACCCUGUGCCAACUACUGCCAAAAUGUUGUGAGAGGCUGCCUGGCCAACCAAGCGGAUCUGGAUCCAGAGUGGAAUCUGUUCAUUGAUGCCAUGCUGCUGGUCGCUGAUAGACUGGAAGGCCCGUUUAAUAUCGAAGCCGUCGUGGAGCCAAUCGAUGUGAAGAUCUCUGAAGCCAUCAUGACCAUGCAGGACAACAGUAUACAAGUUUCUUCCAAGGUAUUCCAAGGAUGCGGUCAUCCCAAGCUAGCUGGAAGUGGACGGUCUACCCGCGGGAUCUCGGAUGUGUUCAACAGACGAUUCAGACCGUACAGCCCUGAAGAGAGACCCACUACGGCAGCUGGCACCAGCCUGGACAGACUGAGGAUUGUUUGGAGAACAAUGCAACACAGCGUGAUCGACAUUAAGGAGAAGCUGAAGGAGUCGAAGAAAUUUUGGUCAUCGUUGCCAGACCGCAUCUGUGCAGAGGACAAAGUGACUGACCCAGAUGAGGAACAGUGUUGGAACAGUCACACAAAGGGAAGAUAUUUUCCAGACGUUGUUAAAGACGGCCUCACAAACCAGCUGAAUAAUCCGGAGGUAGAAGUGGACAUCACAAGACCGGAUACUUUUAUACGACAGCAGAUCAUGACACUGCGUGUGAUGACCAACAAGUUACGAAACGCGUACAAUGGCAAAGACGUCUACUUCCAAGACUCAAGUGAUGAGGAGAGCGGUUCGGGCAGUGGAAGUGGCUUUACGACAGAGCCUGAAGUGGUGCACACAGAACCUCCGAUGGUGGAAGCUGACAUAAGCGACCCACAACCAGCAGCGAACACAGCCCAUCAGCAAAGCCCAUCGUUGCCGUUACUAUUUGCUGUAAUCACGCUCACGACGCUGUUGUUGCAAUGGAGAUAAUGGCAGGAGGGGGCAAACCGCCACAAGGACAUUUAAGACAAAUGCAGCGUCGUUCACAAUGCACUGUUAGCCUUUCCUUAACAGAGCUGGACGUUUUCCAAAAAAAGGAGAAAAAGCCCUUGUAAAAAAAAGAAAAGGAGAACAAGCUAGCUAGAUAUAAGGAGUGAGAGAGAGAGAGAAAGAGAGAGAGAGAGUUUAGUAAAGAAGUGAACGCAAACUUUUGCAUCCUGCUUGUUCCAAAGAAUGCUUGGUGCAAUCACAAAGCAGCUUCUCUUUUGGAAAUUAAAGCUAAAGUAUGUUAUUUUUACAAUGGUACAAUUCUUAUCGUAUCCCAGUUUAAAGGAAUAUUCCGGAUUUAGUUCAAUCGACAGCAUUUGUGGCAUAAUGUUGACAGAUAUCACAAAAAUCAUUUGCAAAACGGCCCUUCUUUUCUUUCAUUUUUUUUAAUCUGGGUUACAGUGAGGCAUUUAUAAUGGAAGUCAAUGGGGUAAAUCUGUAAAUGUUAAAAUACUCACUGUUUUAGAAGUAUACAAGCCACAAGACAAAAACAAUAUGUGUUAAAAUCUCAUACUAAACAUUACUGUGUAGUUAUAUCCGAUUUUACAACUGUUUUGCCAUGAUGACGUAACGUCGAAAACCCUAAAACGACACUUAUAACAACUUUACAGCUCAAAUAAUACACAAGAUUUACCAGACAAAUUAAUGUAAGUGCUUUUAUAAAUAAAGUUUCACAUUUCUGCCUUUAAGCCCUCCAAAAAUUGGCCUCAUCCACUUCCAUUGUAGGUGCCACACUGCAACCUAAAUUUGAGCUUUUUUAAUGAAAAGGAGGGACGGAUACAUUUUCGACAUGUCAAAUAAAAGUAAGCCGUUUGUAGGUUAAUUUCCACAAAACGUGCAACACUAUAAAAAUAUUGCUCUGUUUGUUUGAGCAUACCGACCUGCCUGACGCAGCAACAUUGGUUCAGCCAAUGGCAUGAGAUGGGGCGGGACUAUCUUUUUAGCCAACCAAUGGGAAACAGUCAUUAUUUUUGCAAUUCCGUUUGGUGACACUAUUGGCACAGAAACGACACACAUCAGUUUUAAAAGACAAACAAAGUUUCAGGAUGAAAGGUGGUUUCCGUGGGAACGGGACCACUUUCAUCAUGGUCGUUUCGGAAAAGAAUGGGAAUAUGAAAAUAUAUAUUUUUGUUUUUUCUUUUAUUCUGUAUAAAAUUAGAGAAACACAAUGAUCUCUGGUGGGCUUUUCUUUUCUUUUUUUUUUCUUUCCACGCCUGAAUUCAUCUUAUAAUAAAAAACAAAACAAAAAACAGAAGUAAACAAAAACACAAAUCAAACUUGUUUAUGCACCACUGUGAGAAUGCAUGGGAAGGCCAUUAGUAAAUGAUUUAACUGUGAUUUUCACUCAAUUUUAAUGCACCGUUUCUUUCAAUCUUGUUUUUUUGUGUUAAAAAGGUGACUUUUUAUGUUAAUUAAAACCGAUAGUAAUUUGAAUUUCUUUUAUAGGACUGAGAGCUUGAAGCGAGUCUGAUAGAAAGUCCCUGAGGGUUACUCCGACAUGAUUCAAAUUAAAUGAUCCUUAUCUUAAUAUAAAGAUUUUAGUUAUCAAAUGUUUUCUUACAGAGACAGAAAAAUUAUUUAUAUUUCUAAUAUAAUAUUAUAUUUUGGCUUUACCAGUUAGCAACUUUUAUUCAAAAAUGCUUAUAUAUAAUAAAAUAGCUCUUGCAGAGAAUGAUGCUUUGGGCCUUUUCAUUACAAGCAUUCAUUUUAUUUUUGAAAUAUAUAUUAUUUUUAUUUUAAAUUGCAAUUUUAAGGCUGGCUUCACAGGUACUCGCGUUUAAAAAAUUGCACCUGAUAAGUUUGAAAUUAUUCAAAAAUAUAUUGAGGAAAAGUUUGUUACAUGUUAUUUCCCUUAAGAAUGAAACAAUUCCCUUAAAGGAAUAUUUCACUCAAAUUCUAAACCCUAAAAUUGUCUCAUUAUUCACUCAUCCUGAUGCCAUCCCAGACGUGUAUGACUGUUUUCAGCAGAAUGUAAAUGAAGAUUGUUAGAAGAUGAUAGAGCUCUGUCAGGUCCUAUAAUGGAAGCACAUGUGUGCCAGCAAUUUGACGGUCAAAUGUCUCAUUUAGUCAGCAUAAAAGUAAUCAACACGACUCCAGUCGAUCAAUGAAUGUCUUCUGUAGCAAAUCAAUAUGUCUGUGUAAAAAAAUAAAAAGACAAUUACAAACGUUUGUAACUUUUAAAAAGCGCUACCUGACCGCAAUUGACGAGAAGCGUGAAGCGGGCCAGCGAGUUCACGCGAGAGUUCAAAAGCGACGCUUAUUUACGACAGAAGAACGAACGUCACGUCAGAGUUCGUCCAUUUUCAACAGCCCAACCGCAUCAGAUCCCUGGACGGAAGCGCCGAUUUAAAGUUAAAAUAGCAAAAAUAGAACUAAAUUUAGUUGAAAGUGUCUUUACUCUUAUUUAUGCAUUUUUGUAUUGUACUCAAUUAUCUAUUUACAACCCUUUAUUUGCAUAUCAACAUUUCUUUUUAAUUAUCUCACCGUUGGCUUUUUUCUGGUUGACUUUCACAAUUACACAUUUAUAUUGUGAAUCAAUGGGCUUCAUUCAUGAACACGUGCAGAAAGAAUUUCUGUGAUUUUAUAUAUAUAUAUAAUUCUUUAGUGAAAUUGACUUAUUUUGGAGUUAUAGUUUAUUUUUUGUCAAAAAAAAAAACAUUCUUAUGAAAACUGUCGCAUUUAAUUGCACUGCAAAAAUAAUUCUUAAUCCGUAUUUUUGUCUUUUUUCUAGAAAACAAAUUAAAUAUAUAUAUAUAUAUAUAUAUACACACACACAACUUCAAAGAAAAUAUUCUUUAAAAGUUACAUUUUUCAGAGAAAUCAUGUUUUCAAAAAAUCUUAGAAUAUCUUGAUUAUACGUUUACAUUUCUUAGCACAUUGGUAAAAAAAAUGUUUUAAGCAUGUUUUUGAUUUUCUUCAUGUUUAAAGAGUUUUGUUUUGGUUUAUGUUUGGACAUAAUUAAGAAAUUAUUUGUUGCCAUGUGAAUGCAAAAAUAAACAUACGAAUGGUUUUAUGAACGAUGCACAGAAAUUUGUUUUGCUAGUAUUGUAUGAAUGACGGCCAAUGAUUGUGGGAGCUGUAAUGGAUGUUAUAAGGUCACUCUCUUGGUUGUACUGACACAUUUGUGUCUGUAGUUUUAAUUGUUGCUAAUCCAGUGAAUUUCAGAUCAAAUUUGUACAGUGCACAAACGAAUGGAAUUGCCAAUUUAAUGGCCCUGACUUCCCGUUAUGAAUGUGGGCAUGUUUGAAUAUUGUUUUAAAAAAACCUCUCCAAACAACUCUUCGUUUAUACGAAGGACGCCAUGCAUUCACCAGAGCCUGUGUGCUUUACAUUGAAACCUGCUUGCUUAAAAACUCGUUUCAUCAUUCAAGUGCGUCAACGCUAAAAUCCUCUGUUUUCUGUUCAUGGUAAACUUUGAAGGCGGAAAGCUUCAGUGAUGUGAAAACACUAUAUAGACACAUAUAUAGCUUUGUAAAUGAAAUGUGGAAUCUGGCAGAGGUUUAAAAAGCACCUCAGAGUUUUUGGAAAUAAGUAAUCCAGUAAGCCAAUAGAGGACAAGGUUGAACGUACUUCUAAAUGUGUCUUGAAGUCAACAUGAAAUCAAAAUCUAUUGUAAUGAUUUUCUUAAUAUACAUUAUUAGGAUUCAUCAGUGCACAAAACAAAAAAGAAGUCCUCCGCAAACAACCGCAAACUCACAUUCAGGUGACAUUCAACCCACUUUUCACAAUCCAGUUCCUACUUGAUAAAAUCAAGUAUUGUUUCUCACUAAUCAUUGGUAGUGCUUUACAAUAAGGUUUUAAUCAUUACUAUUAGUUAACUACAGUAGUUAACAAUGAGAAAUGCUUUUUUAACACUUUCAGAGGCAAGAAAAAGUAUGUGAACCCUUUGGAAUAAGCUGGUCUUCUGCAUUGAUUGGUCAUACAAUGUGAUCUCAUCUUCAUCAAAGUCACAAGUAUAGACAAACACAAUGUGUUUAAGAUAACAACACACACAAACAAUUAUAAUCGUUCAUAUCUUUACAGAACAAAUCACAUUAAACAUUCGCAGUGCCAUGGAAAAAGUAAGUGAACCCUUGGAUUUAAUAACUGGUCGAUCCUCCUUUGGCAGCAAUAACCUCAAUCAAGCAUUUCCGGUAGAGGCGGACCAGACCUGCAAAACGUUCAGAAGGACUUUUGGACCAUUUCAUCUUACAAAACUGUUUUAAGCUAAGUCAUAUUCUUAGGAUGUGUGGUGUGAACAGCUCUCUUAAGAUCUGGGCUCUGACUGGGUCACUCCAAUUGGUGGAUUUUCUUUUUUUUUAAGCCAUUUUGUAGUGGAUAUACUUUGAUGUUUAGGGUCAUUGUCACAGCCACCCUGACAUUAUCCUGUAGUAUAUCUUAAUAAACUUGGGAUAGUUUCAUCAAUCCACAAAACAUUUUCCCAGUAGCAUUGUGGAGCAUCAAAGUGGUCUUUGCAAACUUCAGCAAACUUGUUGGAAAGCUGCAAAUUCAUUCAUGAUGUCCUGCCAUGAACACCAUGCCUGUUUGAUGUUUUCUGUAAAGUAGAUUCAUGAACAGAGUUGUUAACCAGUUCCAGUGAUUCCUUCAAGUCUUUAUCUGUCACUCUAGGUUUACUUUUUACCUCACUGAGCAUUCUGUGGUGUGCCCUUUGAGUCAACGUCUAGUUGACGGCCACUUCUAGGGAGAGUACCCAUAGUAAUAAAUCAUCUCCAUUUAUAGACAAUUUGUCUAAAUGUGAACAGACGAAUAUCUAUGAUCUUUGAGAUAACUUUGAAAUCCUUUCCAGCUUCAUAAAAAGCAACAAUUCUUGAUCGUAGGUCUUCUGAGAUCUCUUUUAGCUAGGCAUGGUCCACGUCAGCAGAUACUUCUUGUGGAUAGCAAACUGAAAAUAUUUGAGUGCUUUUUAUAAGUCAAAUUAUCUCUAACCCACACCUACAAUCUCAUUUCAUUAAUUGGAUGCCAUGUUUGACAACUCAUGGCUUUAAUUAGCAUUAACAUUUUCCGCAGCACUGUGAAUGUUUAAUAGGGUGUGUUCAAUAAAGACAUGUAAGAUUAUAAUUGUUUAUAUGUUUUGUUAUCUUAAGCACAUUGUGUUUGUCUAUACUUGUGACUUUGAUGAAGAUGAGAUCACAUUUUAUGACCAAUUAAUGCAGAAGACCAGCUAAUUUCAAAGGGUUCACAUACUUUUUCUUUCCAGUGUAUUAAUCUUAGUCAAAAGUCAUUUCAAACCAAACUUUGGUUAGAAAAAUCAUCAUAAUUCAACAUACAGUAUAUUGUCUUAAAAUUGGUAUUAUCUUACAAAAUUUUGCUUCUCGGAUAAAUCUAUUUGCGAAUAGAUUGCGAAAUUUUUAAUUCAAUACAAAUUAUCUGAAGAAAAAAAAAAUAUAUAUAUAUAUAUAGUCGAGCUUUUGCUUCUGAAAAUGGGUUGUGAAUGUAAUUUCAUGUUGACGCUAAGUUAGAAAGAAAGCUAAGGAAAUAUAGAUGGAAAGAUUUACAAGAACAGAGAAUUCCAGAGUGCUCUUUGAAUGACAUGCCAACUUUACUUAAAAAAAAAAAAGAAGACGACGAAAGUGAGGAACCCUCAAAAGUAGUCGAGGGUCCCAAAAGGGCUGGUCGUAAUAUAGGGCCAUGUUAAUUUUUCUUUCUUUCUAUUUUUCUCUUUUUUCCCCUCCUUUAUUGUGCUUUCCUGUCAGAAUUCAAAGAUAUGGUGUUAUUGAAAAGAGCAUGUCAUGUAAAACUUAAUAGCUUGCGUGUUUCUAUUUGUGGUCUGAAUGUAUGGCUUUCUCUUUUGUGCGAGGAUGAUAGCGUUUCAAAAUGUAUCACCGAUAUUAUUGGAGGAUGUAAAAACUAAGAUACAGUAUGUCCAUCCAUCAAAUGGACAUUUUUAUUUUAUUUUCAUUUUAUAUUUCAUAGAAACUGAACGAUAAAAAAAGUUUCUACUUAUAUAAUUUUUCUUUCCACAUUGCACUUUGAAACUGAGUUCCACAUUUAGAUUGUUUAUCGCUAUGAGUGACAAAAAAAAAAGAAGAAAAAAAAGUUUACAUGUAAACAAGUGCAAGCCAUGUUAAAUACAUGCUUGGAACACUUUGAUGAGAUUGUGGUUUGGAAGUGAAGUUGUUUCUACUGAAGCACGCUGCUUUGAGCUCCUAUAGGUGAAGUUUUAAUACAACGUUUAUGUCAUGCAAGCAGACAUGCCUUACAGUUUUUCCUUUUUUUUUUUUUAAGAAAAGUACUGAAUGGAUUGCAUAUUUGGAUUUUGUUACUCUCUCUUAUAUACAGACAAGUAAUGAAGGGGUGCAAAUAAACAUUUUAUAUGAAA